GGUCCAGCUUGGGGAAGACGGCAAAAUCAUUCCGUGAGCUGUGUCCAGGAGAUACGCACGUUUGGGUGUAUUUAAUACGGCUUAAAAAUUGUGUACCAUAUACAAAAAUUCUACCUGUUCGAUUGUGUAUCAAUAUAUUUCGACAAGUGAUAACCACUGAUAAUACUUAGGUUCCCCCCAAGUACUGGGUGGAGAAUCGAUUCAUUCGGUUGGAAAUUGUCGCCAGAGUAACUCGGAAAUGAUUCAAGUGGAUCUGCUAUCGGCUUUCGCCAUCGGUGCCAUCAUCCUGUUGAUCUAUCACUAUGUUGCGAAAAAGUAUGAGUACUUCCUGGCGAAGCCAGUCCCAUGCAUCAAACCUACGUUUGGGUUCGGCAGCACCGCUCCGAUGAUAUUGCGCAACAUGGACAUCUGCUCGCUCGUUUCGAAGCUCUACAACGCCUAUCCGGACGCUAGUGUCGCGGGAUUCUACGACCUCAUGAAGCCAAUUUAUAUGCUUCGCGAUCCGGAGGUUAUCAAGAAGGUCGCUGUAAAAGAUUUCGAUUACUUCAUGGACCACACACCGACCAUGACCAACAGCAACCCAGAUGAUAAUGUCGAGAGUUUAUUUGGAAACUCGCUAUUCGCUCUGCGCGGUCAGAAGUGGAGAGAUAUGCGAGCGACCCUGAGUCCAGCAUUCACGGGGAGCAAAAUGAGACAUAUGUUCGAAUUGGUCGCAGAAUGCGGCCGAUCGAUGGUGGAGUUUUUCGCUUUGGAAGCGAAAUCCGGUAAGACACUGGAAUACGAGAUGAAGGAUGUGUGCUCUCGGUUUGCAAACGAUGUAAUCGCAACGGUAGCGUUCGGGAUCAAGGUGGAUUCGCUGCGCGAUCGCGAAAAUGAAUUCUAUGUAAAGGGCAAAAAAAUGCUUAACUUCCAAUCGGUUAUCGUGUUAAUUAAAUUUCUUCUACUCAGAGCCAUGCCACGGUUGAUGCAGAAGCUGAAGAUGGAUUUUGUGGAUACAACCCUAACAGAAUAUUUCAAAAACAUGAUAACUCAUAACAUGAAACAGCGAGAGGCACAUGGUAUCGUGAGAAAUGAUAUGAUUCAUAUGCUAAUGGAGGUUCGAAAGGGAGCUCUCAAUCACCAGAAAGAUGAACAACAGACUAAAGACGCCGGAUUUGCGACAGUGGAGGAAUCCAACGUUGGAAAAUCGAUGCAUUCCAGGGAUUGGACCGAAAAUGAGCUGGUAGCACAAUGUUUCCUUUUCUUCCUGGCAGGAUUCGACACCGUAUCGACUUGUAUGUCAUUUCUGACCUACGAGCUUGCCAUUAACCCGGAUAUUCAGAAGCGUCUCUACGAGGAAGUGGUUGAAAUCGAUCAGUCUCUCGGAGGAAAACCACUCACUUACGACGCCCUGCAGAGGAUGCCCUACAUGGACAUGGUUGUAUCGGAAGCUCUCCGCCUGUGGCCCCCCGCUGUGGUUUCCGAUCGUUUCUGCGUCAAGGACUACCGUUACGAUGAUGGCACCGGAACAGGUUUUGUCAUUGAAAAAGGAAACACCAUGUGGAUUCCAGCCUACGCAAUUCACAGGGAUCCCAAAUACUAUCCGAAUCCCGACAAGUUCGAUCCCGAGCGCUUCAACGAGGAAAACCGAUCGAAGAUUAACACCGGUGCAUAUCUACCGUUUGGCGUGGGUCCAAGAAACUGCAUCGGAUCGCGUCUGGCACUUAUGGAGGUCAAAGCGAUGGUUUACUACAUAUUGAAGGACUUCAGCCUGGAGCCGACCGAAAAGACCCAGAUUCCUCUUCGGCUGACGAAAAAUAUGUUUGCCUUGCAGUCGGAGAAGGGCAUUUGGUUGGAGUUGAAACCAAGAAAAUGAUAAAUACGAUACUUGCACUAUUUUCUGUUCCCAAUUGGAACAUCUUAUAUUCUGUACAAAUAAAAAUUUCAUAUAAUGGUCGUGUAUAUA